UGUGUACAGAGCGUAAAGAUAAGUAUUCUUUUUCCAUUUUCAUACUUGUUAACAUCUAUUUUACAUCAUAUAAAGUUACCAUAAAUUUCACGCCCGAUUAUCACGAGUUUCCAAAUAUUUGAUGUUACAAAUUUUAAUCUUGUUAAUUUGAACUGGAUGAUUUAGGACAGUCGAGUCAGAGAGAUUAUGUCUUAUUGAGCUUGCACUUUGCAUAUAUUGGUGAAAGAGAAUAAUCUGUUUCGUUGAGAUAAUAGACUAUCUUUAAUUAGAACAUAAAAACAUGAAUAAAUUGAUCCUAGUUAUAAUUCCGGGCAGACUGGAUGAAGGGGGAUUAUAUGAUGGAGUGACCUAAAAAAUAUUUGUAUUUUAAUUCGCAGUACUUGUAUUUUAUAUUUGUAUAUCUACACGAAAAUAUUUGUCCUUAGAUAGAGAGUAGAAAACAGAUAGGUGAAAAGAAAAAGAUAUUCGGUCCGAAUCACAUUGUUUGAUGUUAGAGUUUUUAUUCUUCCUUGAUUUUGACAGUAAAUCUAUAGAUGUUAAGAAAAAAAUUUCUUUGAUGAAAAUGAAGAGUUUAAAUUUUAUUAGAUCACUUAAUUACGAAUAUUUUUUUUGAUAAUCAUUUAUUGGUAACCUAAUAAAAAUGAUAACUAAACCUGUUAUCACAUAUUAACUAUAUUGGUAACGUAAAUUUGUUUAUGAUGUAAAACAUUUUAUAAUGUUAGAAUAUAGUACACCAUAACUUAGAUCUAAAGAAAAAAGAGGCAUGUGGCUUGACUUGUGUCAAAGGAGGUGUGUGGGGGGUGGCUCAGGCUUGAAGGCUGAAGCUGCAGUCUGACUCAAAGUUUGGUACAAUUAGUUGGUUAAGAUGUACAAGCUCCAACCAUACUCAUUCCUUCCAAUUCCCGCAAAUAUUUGAAAAAUCUCUGUCAACAUUUUGCUUUGCUUUCUUCUCUGAAAAUAUACCUUUGAUACCAACUUCUCAACCUACAAGCUGGCCAUAACCACCCUCCAAACGUUCCUUCACCAUUACAAUAAUGUUUCUCAUUCCUUAGCUUUUGUACGUUAAGUGAACAUUCCUUCUUUAUAUUCUUGCAAGUAACAAAGAACAAAGCAUCACCUUGGGUGCUAGCUGUGGCAAAGAUUGAAUAGUGUGUUUGUGAGUGGAAAAAUGAUGGAGUCAGGGGUUCCGAUAUGUAACAUUUGUGGCGAACAAGUGGGGUUAGCUAAUUCCAAUGGUGAAGUCUUUGUGGCUUGUCAUGAGUGCAAUUAUCCUGUUUGUAAGUCUUGUUUGCAUUAUGAGAUCAAAGAAGGGCGCAAUGCAUGUUUACGCUGUGCAACUCCUUAUAAUGAGGGCUUGACAAUGGCUGAUGUAGAAAAUGAGCAUGAAUCUUCUACUAACCAUACUACAACGGCUUCUCAUCUUAAUACUGGUCAGGAUGUUGGAGUUCAUGCUAGAAAUAUCAGUACUGUUUCAACUGUGGACAGUGAAUAUCAUGAUGACUCUGGGAAUCCAAUAUGGAAGAAUAGAGUGGAAAGUUGGAAGGAAAAGAAAAACAAGAAAAAGAAGACCCAAAGUAAGACUGUUGCACAAGAAGCUGAAGUUCCACCUGAGCAGCAGAUGGAAGAAAAGCCACAGUCAGCAGAUGCUGCAGAGCCACUUUCAAGAAUCAUUCCUGUACCGAAAUCUCAAAUUGCUCCAUACAGAAUCGUGAUUAUCAUCCGAUUUAUAGUUCUGUGCCUUUUCUUCCACUAUAGAGUAACACAUCCAGUUGAAAGUGCCUAUCCUCUGUGGCUUAUUUCUGUUAUUUGUGAGAUCUGGUUCGCUUUCUCUUGGGUGUUGGAUCAGUUCCCUAAAUGGUCUCCUAUCAACCGAGAGACAUAUAUUGACAGGCUAUCUGCAAGGUUUGAAAGGGAGGGAGAACCUUGUCAGCUUGCGCCAGUGGAUUUCUUUGUCAGUACAGUUGAUCCUAUGAAAGAACCUCCUUUGAUUACUGCCAACACAGUUCUCUCAAUCCUUGCAGUUGACUAUCCUGUCGAGAAAGUUUCCUGCUAUGUAUCUGAUGAUGGUGGCUCAAUGCUUACAUUUGAGUCACUAGCUGAGACUUCUGAAUUUGCAAGGAAAUGGGUACCAUUCUGCAAGAAAUUUUCAAUUGAACCACGUGCACCUGAGUUCUACUUCUCGCAGAAGUUUGAUUACUUGAAAGACAAGGUGCAGCCUUCUUUUGUCAAGGAGCGCAGAGCAAUGAAGAGAGAAUAUGAAGAGUAUAAAGUGAGGGUAAAUGCUUUAGUUGCGAAGGCUCAGAAAACACCCGAGGAUGGCUGGACCAUGGCCGAUGGAACUCCUUGGCCGGGAAACAACCCGCGUGAUCAUCCUGGAAUGAUUCAGGUUUUCUUGGGACAUAGUGGUUCACAUGACAUUGAAGGAAAUGAACUUCCACGACUCGUUUAUGUCUCAAGAGAGAAAAGACCUGGUUAUCAGCACCACAAAAAAGCUGGUGCUGAAAAUGCUCUGAUAAGGGUGUCUGCAGUUCUCACAAAUGCACCCUACAUUCUCAAUCUUGACUGUGAUCACUACGUCAAUAACAGCAAAGCCAUUCGUGAGGCUAUGUGUUUCCUAAUGGAUCCACAAGUUGGCAGAGACGUCUGUUAUGUGCAGUUCCCUCAGAGAUUUGAUGGGAUUGAUAAAAGUGACAGAUAUGCUAACAGAAACAUAGUCUUCUUUGAUGUUAACAUGAAAGGUUUGGAUGGCAUCCAAGGACCUGUGUAUGUCGGUACAGGAUGUUGUUUCAAUAGGCAAGCACUUUAUGGUUAUAGUCCUUCUAACCUGCCUACAUUACCCAAAUCAUCUUCAUCUUGUUCUUGCUGCUGUCGCCGCAAGAAACCAGCCAAAGAGAAGGAUCUUACUGAGGUAUAUCGUGAGGCAAAAAGAGAAGAUCUAAAUUCUGCAAUCUUCAACCUAAGAGAAAUUGAAAAUUAUGACGAGCAUGAGAGAUCCUUGCUUAUCUCUCAGAUGAGUUUUGAGAAAACAUUUGGCAUGUCAUCCGUGUUUAUCGAGUCUACGUUGAUGGAAAAUGGAGGAGUACCUGAUUCUGUCAAUCCCUCGAUACUGAUUAGGGAAGCAAUUCAUGUUAUCGGCUGUGGUUAUGAGGAGAAGACAGCAUGGGGAAAAGAAAUUGGUUGGAUAUAUGGUUCAGUGACAGAAGAUAUCUUGACUGGAUUCAAGAUGCAGUGCAGGGGAUGGAGAUCAAUAUACUGCAUGCCAUUGAGGCCUGCUUUCAAAGGGUCAGCUCCUAUCAACUUGUCAGACAGAUUGCACCAAGUUCUUCGAUGGGCUCUUGGAUCGGUGGAGAUUUUCUUGAGUAGGCAUUGCCCUUUGUGGUAUGGAUUUGGAGGCGGCCGCCUCAAAUGGCUCCAAAGACUUGCCUACACCAACACCAUUGUCUAUCCUUUCACUUCUCUUCCCCUCAUUGCUUACUGUACUAUUCCUGCUGUUUGCCUUCUUACAGGAAAAUUCAUCAUUCCUACGCUAUCAAACGUUGCGAGUAUACUGUUCCUUGGUCUUUUCCUUUCCAUUAUAGUGACAGGUGUGCUCGAGCUACGAUGGAGUGGUAUAGGCAUAGAGGACUGGUGGCGUAACGAGCAGUUUUGGGUGAUUGGAGGUGUCUCUGCCCAUCUCUUUGCAGUUUUCCAAGGAUUCCUCAAAAUGCUUGCCGGUAUAGACACAAACUUCACGGUGACAGCCAAAGCUGCAGAUGAUGGAGAGUUUGGCGAUCUCUACAUCUUCAAAUGGACAACAGUCUUGAUCCCUCCAACCACAAUUCUCAUUCUUAACUUAGUUGGUGUUGUUGCUGGUUUCUCUGAUGCACUCAACAAAGGAUAUGAAGCUUGGGGGCCUUUAUUUGGCAAAGUUUUCUUCUCAUUUUGGGUGAUCCUUCAUCUUUAUCCAUUCCUCAAAGGUCUCAUGGGACGCCAAAAUCGAACACCAACCAUUGUUGUGCUAUGGUCUGUGCUCUUGGCUUCUGUUUUUUCACUUGUUUGGGUCAAGAUUAAUCCAUUUGUCUCCAAAGAUGAUCCUGCAGCUAUGGCUCAAAACUGCAUUUCCAUUGAUUGUUGAGCUUGGGACAAGAUUUCUUGAACCACACCACAUGUUUGAAAUGUAGACUUCUUUUUCAUGUAAUGUGGAGGUGAAAACUCUCCUAUUCUUGCAUAGUUUUGAGCAGCUUGUAUCAGUUUUUCUCCAGAUAAGGAAGUAAGUUUAAGGAAGAUUUGUUUGGAAAUUUUACAAUGUUGAUAUUUGAAUUGAAACGUCCGAAAUUUCAAAGUUAAAAGGAAGUUGAGCUGAUAAUGAA